AUCAGAUCAAGCUAAAAAAAGGGCGUAUCUUGUAAACUCAAGUAAACAAAGCUUCUGGGUACAGGUGUCAGCUCUUGACUUUUUGAGCUGACAAAAUAGAUACUAGCUAGACUAGACUGUGAUUGAGCUGAAGUAACUCUGCGGAUCAGGGCUAUACACUUAUCUUGCAGCUACUAGAGUCCCUGGCCGCCCCAGGCCAGGGCAGGUCAGAAAGGUCAGGACAAUGGCAGCAAGUCAUGAUCUGGGUAGGCAACUCUAUGAGGCUUCCUGUGGUGGUCGUGUGGACGAGGUGGAGAGGCUGCUGGCUAGAGGAGCUCCUGUCAACUGGAGGGACAGUGAUGGAUGGACCGCUCUCCAUACGGCAUGCUACAAUAACCACCCUGAUGUAGUGAAGAUACUCACACAGCAAGAUGGCAUCGAUGUCAAUGUACAGACUGAUGCUAAUAACACUCCCCUGCACUUUGCCUGCGACCGGGGACACUUGAAGUGUGUCCAGUUACUGAUGGCAACUGGACAGUGUGACCUAGGAGCUGUGGGCUUUAGUGGACUAACUCCACUGGGACUGGCAGUCAGAGAGGGGAAGCUGGACACUAUCAAGUACCUCAUCACAGAGUGCAAUGUUGAUAUCAAUAGAGCUGUGAACAAUAAUGGACUAACUCCACUGGGACUGGCAGUCAGAGAGGGGAAGCUGGACAUUAUCAAGUACCUCAUCAUAGAGUGCAAUGUUGAUAUCAAUAGAGCUGUGACCAGGGAUGGACUAACUCCACUGGGACUGGCAGUCAGUAGGGGACACCUGGACACCACAAAGUUCCUCAUCAUGAAAUGCAAUGCGGCUGUUAAUGGAGAUGUGACCAGGGAUGGACUAACUCCACUGGGAGUGGCAGUCAGAGAGGGGCACCUGCACAUCAUAAAGUUCCUCAUCAUGAAAUGCAAUGUGGCUGUCAAUGGAGCUGUGACAAGUGAUGGACUAACUCCACUGGGACUGGCAGUCAGAGAAGGGAAGCUGGACACUAUCAAGUACCUCAUCACAGAGUACAAUGUUGAUGUCAAUGGAGCUGUGACCAGGGAUGGACUAACUCCACUGGGAGUGGCAGUCAGAGAGGGGCACCUGGACAUCAUAAAGUUCCUCAUCAUGAAAUGCAAUGUGGCUGUCAAUGGAGCUGUGAACAAUGUUGGACUAACUCCACUGGGAGAGGCAGUCAGUGCGGGGAAGCUGGACACUAUCAAGUACCUUAUCACAGAGUGCAAUGUGGAUAUGAAUAAUUCUGCACAAGUAGUUCGUAUCCUAGAGCUGACACUGAAAGAUGAAGGUGAUGUAACCACCAAAGUUAACGAGAACAAUCGACUUCUUAUUGCUUGCAAAUUUAGGUACACUGCAAUUGUCUGUUAUCUGAUCAAUCAGUGCAAUGUGGAUGUCAAUAGAGCUGUGACCAGUGAUGGACUAACUCCACUGGGAAUGGCAGUCAGAGAGGGGAAGCUGGACACUAUCAAGUACCUCAUCACAGAGUGCAAUGUGGAUAUCAAUAAUGUUCUUCUACUUGCCUGCCAGUAUGGGGUUACCAAAAUCGUGGAAUAUCUUUUGAAUGACGUUGUUGGCUGUGAUCCCAAUAUCAAAGAUGACGAUGGACACACACCACUCUUUCUUGCAGAGAACAAGGAAAUCAUUCUACUCUUGUUGCAACAUGGAGCUACUGCUGAAGAUGUGUAUACCAAUCAUCGCAAAGCUCUUGGUAAUGUGUUUUCAAAGGAUCCCCUGAAAAACCCAGUGAAGAUACUUGUUAUCGGUCACGGUGGAGAAGGAAAGAGCACUCUCAUUGAAGCAAUGGAACACGAGCCAACUGCAUUCACAUCUAUAGUCAACAUCUUCGUCUCUCCUAAAGAAGUCGAUGGAGUUAGCAAGAAAACAGCCGGAAUCAUCCCUCGAUUAUUCAAGAGUCGUGUCUUUGGAGAUGUGUUGGUCUAUGACUUUGCUGGUCAAGAGGUCUACUACAGCAGUCACGCUGCCAUUAUCAAGUCAGCAGUUGAUGCAUGUCGGCCCAUUUUCAUUUUGGUUAUCAGUCUCCUAAAUGAAAACAUCACUACCACCCACUCUGUCUCGUAUUGGUUGGGCAUCAUUUCCAACCAGUGUGCCAAUAUGGAGGGCAAAGCACCACUCAUUGUGGUGUCUAGCCAUGCUGAUCUUGUAAAGGACGACUCCGCAAUCCUUGAAAGGAAGGAGACCAUCUUGAAAGCUGUGCAGAAAUUUCCCAUGUUUGAGCUUGUGGAAAUCAUUCCGAUCGAUUGUCGAUUUUCUAAUUCAAAUGGUAUGAAAGUUUUGAGGCGUUCAGUUGGCUUGACAUGUGAUUCUAUUAGAUCCAAGCUGUCCGUCAGUUUGAACUGCCACAUGUUUCUCAUCUAUUUGCUUGACAAAUUUUCUGGAAAGAUUGCAGUUUCACUGGAAGACAUACAGCAGGAACUCGCGGUGGAUCGCCUCCAGCCUUCUAAGAAGCACAAAGAUCAUAUUCCAUUCAUCCCCUCAACGAUCCCCCGCCUUGUUGAGAUCUGCUGUCAGCUGAGUGACAAAGGUCACGUUCUCUUCUUGCACGACACAGCUUCACCUGAGAAGAGCUUUGUCAUCAUUGACAGUUCAACACUACUCUCUCGAAUCAAUGGCACCAUAUUUGCUCCAGAAGAUUUCAAACAACACUGCAAGCUGUUCUCCAACACUGGUAUCGUACCAAAAUCCAAGCUUGCUGCUUACUUCCCAGAUAUCGAUAUUCAACUGCUGAUUGGAUUCUUAUCUCAUCUCGAGCUAGCUGUUGUUAUUGACGAUAAAGAAAUCCUCUGUCUUAUCAACCAUCAUCUGGACGACUCUAGUGCUAGUGCUGAGGAAGUGUACAUGUUCUGCCCCGCUCUGAUCACCUUAGCAGCUCCUCCUGAUGUAUGGGAAGGCUCAGCAAAGUACCAAUUUGGUUGGGUCCUGUCAGCAGUCCACAGUGAUCACUUCCUGGAUGCUCGAAUGCUCUACGUUCUCCUUCUUCGACUAGCUCUCUCCCUCCGCCUUGCUCUUAAUACAGAUACCAGCAUUCCUGCUCUUCAACACCAUUGUGCAUUCUGGAAGACUGGUGUUUGCUGGAGCACAUCUCACGGUGUCAAAAUGGUGGUGGAAAUCUCCAACAAGAAGCACGCUCUUGUUCUAAUGCAGGCACAAGAGCUUUCCUUGGAUUUCUUCGAUCUUCGUUCAACUGUGGUCGGUAAAGUGGUUGAGGCUAGAAAGCAGUUUUGUCGUUCUACUGAGGUUAACGAGUUAUUCCUAUCGCCUGCCAGUGUGACAUAUCCUCUCAACAUCUCUGAAGCUCCCACAUUCAACAUCAAUCUAGUGGCAGAAAGUAUUGUUAAACAACAUCGCUACGUUGUUUCAACUAGUGGGACCUUAAGUUUGUCUGUGGCUGACUUUCUUCAUGCUGAAGUGUACGCUGAUCUCGGUGAGAAUAUUCUACAGCUUCUGUUCAAUCCAGCACACAAGGAACUGUCUGAUCGAUUCAUCUCGGCCCUUGCAACUUGUUGGAACAAGAAUCCUCGACUGGCUGAUAUCGUACGCACAGCUAUUACUGAGAAUGCCAGCGCUGCAUUUCAAGAAUGCAAUAAUCUCGAUGAUGUUCUGAAAGUCUGGAAGAGCACUGGAGAUUCCAGUGAUGAAGCACUGAGAAGAAUUCUGGAUCCACUUAGUGUGUUUGCUGGACGAAACCCUCUCGAACUGGCUGGUGUUGCUGCUAAGGAGACUAGUGAUGAUCUACUACCAUCCACCACACCAACACCAAACUGUCCAAGCACAGCCUCUCUCCCUGUGGUGGCUGGAGCAGCUCCAAGGUCAGUGAGUGAGGGGACUCAAGUCAGAGAGGAAGUCACUCAAACCGCACACACUGAAGGUCAAUCAGUGGUGGGUGGUCUAACACUGGCUGCUCUAAAGAGGAGGACUGGAGUCAGUGACACACAGCUGGACACUGAGGUCAUAGAACACGACAUUCAUAUCCUAGCCGGCUGCUUCGAUAAUCUAGAGAACUAUCUCGACCAGUUACGCUUGUCUCCCGGCCAACAAACUCACCUUCAUGAUCUAGCUGUCAAACGAGACAUUCAAACUGCAAUGGCAAAAGCUUUGAAGUUGUGGCGUGCCCCCAAUCCUCUUGUUGCCACGUUCCGAGCUCUGUUGAUCAUCUUACUGGAUCUCAAGAGAGGAGACGUGGCUGUUAGGGUGUGUCAGUACAUUGUCGACAGAGUUCCACAAUAAUUAUGGACACUCAACACUUUCCUAGUAUAGUCUCUGCUGUGUGUUUAGUACCACACUCACACAUCCUGUUCUAGUUUCUUGUACUCAAUUAUGACACUUAUAAUUAUUCACAGAUAUUAUUAUUCUGAUUUACUAUGCACACAGUUUUAGAUUGUCCUGUUUAGUACAAACUCACGCAAUAUCCUUUAAUCCUGUUCACACCUUCUAGUUUUUGUAUUCAAUUAGCUAGAACACUUAUAAUUAAUAAUUUUACAUACAAUAAAUUAUUAUAUACUUAUUAUUCUGAUUUACUAUGUAUACAUAGUUUUAUAAUUAUUAUAUAAUUAUAGUUGAUUAAUAAUUAUUAGCAUCAUG